GUGUGGGGGUUGAGCAAUCAGACCAGGGCUUAAACCACAAACCAGGACGGAACUUCCUUCCUCGCCUGGUCUUACAAAAAAAACACACUCAGCUGGAGGCCUUUAUAAAUGGGGACUAUGUUAAGCUCUCAGUCACUGGAUCAGACUCAGAUCGUCGAGCACAGAGUUUCACACCAUCGUGGGUUUUUCUAACAUCGACAUCAUGAGUCCUACAACACAAGCUCUGCUGAUUUGCGUGGUUUUCCUCUGCGGGCUGGAGGACGCGGUGCUCGCCCUGCACGGACACUGCGCCGACAAUCGGUGUUUUGUGCUUUUACGCGAAUCCGAGGACUUUCCGGGGGCGCAGAGACGCUGCAGUGGCAAGGGGGGACAGUUGCUCACGAUCCGCCCGGAACAAGCGGAGGAGACAUUAACGGGUCCACUGAGCGGACAUAGCGGGAGUUACUGGCUGGAGCUGCAGGGCGACGGCAGGAAGCCAGAGGAAGCCCCGGCAGAUCUUGGAAACUGCUCCUCCGUCUCCAUGUCGGGGGAAGGGAACAUCGUGGUGUCCGGGAAGCAGUGCCGCAACCGACUGGACGGGUUUCUGUGCCAGUACACGUUCCAGGAUCCUUGCAGUCGCAUCAAGGCGGACGGGGGCGCACAGGUGAGGUAUACCACUCAUAUGGGUUUCGACGUCAACGACUCUGAAGCGUUUCCACCAGGAACCAUCGCUGUAGUGGACAAGGUCGGUGGAAAAUAUCUGGACUCGAAACAUGUGUGUGCCUCGGGGGUGUGGGCGCGCGCUCCCUGGGGCUGUGAGGUGUUUAAGGGCGGGUGCGAGCACAGCUGCAACCAAACAACACGCACCUGCAUCUGCCCCGAGGGACAAGCCCUCCACCCCAACAGCAUCACCUGCGCCAAGGACCCGUCGGAUGGCUUUCCUCACGCUGGCGGGUGCGCCAGGGGCUACAAGCUGGCGCAGGACGGGAAACGCUGCGUGGACGUGGACGAGUGCAAGGAGGGGGGGGACCCGUGCACAGCCGAGGGCCAGGAGUGUUUGAACACAGAGGGGGGGUUCGAGUGCAGGUGCAGAGAUGGCUUCGAUAUGGAGGAGGGGGCGUGCGUAGACGUUGCGAUCUGCAUAAUGUGCGAGCACAUGCUGUGCGUGAAGCCCACUGGGGUGUACGAGUGUGCGUGCAGGGAAGGGUUCAGGGUGUCAGCCAAGGACCCCACCAAGUGCAAGCGACACUGCACUGAGAGAGACUGUGAGGCCGUGUGCACAGACGACAAAGAUGUGCAGAGCCCGGACAUGCUCGAUUGCGAAUGCCCCGAGGGCUACAUUAGAGACAUGAGGAACGGCACGGCCAUUUGCACGGACAUCGAUGAGUGUGUGGGGGACAGCCAGUGUGACCACAAGUGUGAAAACGCGUUCGGUGGUUACAGGUGUUUGUGCUUCGAGGGCUACAGGCUGCAGGGGAACUUCGAGUGUGUGCCGACCGAGGAGGAGGACGGCGGGUCAGGCGCUUUUCCUCUACACCCCGUACCGGCCACCGCUCACCCAGCCGCGGUGCCCUCCUACAUCAGGACCGGCAGCGUCCUGGGCAUCACCGUGUUCAUGGCACUGUGCGCGGCGCUGCUGUGUGUGGUGGUGCACACCAUUGUGAAACGCUGCGGCAGGUUCGAGCUCUCCUCCUUCAGACGUCCAGACAUAGAUGUUUUCUACCUGCAGCAGGUGACCACGGAGACCUACAAGAGGCUGUCCUUCGACAAACAGUUCAAAGGUGACUUGCAAAGACUGUGAUCUGGAGCGGGCAUAUGGGACUUUUAGUUUUCACACUCAUCCAGAAAGCGUAGAAAGCGUUCAUAAGUAUCUCUUACAGCAGCGAUGGAUGAGGUCAAAUAAGACUUUAAGGAGAAACAGCUUCAUGCUUCCUGGAUAUGUAACAGAUUUCUAUAUGGAAUUGGCUGUUAAUUAGCAUCGUGGUUAUAAACGUUCACCUAUUAUAUUGCUAAGAUGGAACAUUUUUGGAUUUCCUGCAGUCAGAACAAUAUAUAUCAAACAAAAGAUGCAGUUACACUGAAAAAAACAGUGUCAAGUAAUGGUACUAAAAAGUAAGAGGGGUCAUUUUAAACAUUUUAAAUGUACUCAAAAGUAAAAGUACCACACACGUAACACAAUAAGCUCCUUACAUUUAUUGAAUAAGAAAGUACAGAUAUUUGCUCAUAUAUGUAGCAGAAUAAAAGUUAAAAUGAACCGUAAAUGUAUCUACCUAAGUAAAGUCACAUGACAAAUGUACAAAGUGAAUGUAUACUUAGUUACAUCUAAACACUGAUUGCAGUUCCCUUAAAAGUGUUAAAACUCCAUCAUUGUAAAUCAUAGGUUUUGUUACGGUCACUGGAGUGUGUGGAUUAUCUCAUGUAUUUAUAUAUAGACACACAAAGCUUUUUAUAUUUAAUUCUUUAGAGCACAAAAAUGUGCCUUCGUCUUUGCUCAACAUUUUUACUUUGCAUUUAAUGUUUUAUUACACGUAUCAGCUGUUAUACUGUAUUUCAUCUUUUUAUAAGGUCACACUGGACGUAUUAUCGAUAAAAAAAAGCCCAAAAGAAGAAGAAAGUCUCUCAUUAGUUAGCACUGACAUUGGACCACCACUAUUAGUUUUAAUUAGGGAUGCACCGAUAUGGAAAUUCUUGGCCGAUACCGAUACCGAUAUUUAAAACAACAAUCUAGCCGAUAGCUGAUACCGACACCGAUAUUUGUUUAUUACUUGAAUAAUAUGAAAAACAGAAAAAGUGACAAGUGUAACUUUAGAUGCCAUGGAUGGACAUAGACACCUAUUCAGCCAAACAUUGAACAGUAUCACCAGGCCUACUCAAGACAUCAUCUCAACUGUAAACAGAUGCUUGCAAUGCAGCCUUACAAAACACUAGCAUAAACCCUUAGGGAAUGCCAUGUAAAUUCAAGUCAAGAUGCAGUGCUACUACUAGCUUGGUGUGCAACACAACACAAUAGGAGGUGUCGGGGGUAAAUGACGUAUUCUCCAAGCAAGCCUUUAGCUUGCUAGACUGAAAAUCAUUUUUCAGUCUGUUUCCUGGCGCGAUACGCUCGCUCGCACGCC